AUGGACGAAGGGUCUCUGGAUAAUCCGGUAAUGACCAGGAAGGAGGUAAACCGACUAGGCGUACUUGGAGCCACCAGUUACAUCAUCGGCUCAGUAAUCGGAUCUGGUAUAUUCGUCUCUCCAAAAGGCAUUCUAGAGCAUACUGGUUCAGUAGGGUUGUCGUUGAUCGUUUGGGUAGGAGCUGCCAUUUUGGCCAGUUUGACAGCAAUAAAUUACAUAGAGCUUGGCACCAGCAUUCCGGAAUCGGGUGCAGAAUUUGCCUACAUCAGCUACGUCAAAUGGUAUCCGAUCGCGUUCUCAUUUCUCUGGCUGGCUACUCUCAUUCAAAGUUCCUGUAGUGGUGCAACACUGGCACUUACCUUUGGCGAAUACAUAAUCGAAGCCAUAACCACCAAUUACAUGCCUGAGCAGUCAAAAUCGAAAAGUCGCCGUACUCCUGCUAGCCUACGGGAUUUUGCGUGA